AUGGCCACAACGGGGGAUGAGUUGCGGUCGCUUGUGGAGCUUGUAUUUCGGCAGCGCCACGAGGAGGUGUUGACAUGUGAGAGUGUUGUCGUGAUUGGGCGUGGGGCGUCCAAUAAGGGAUCGAAGGCACGUCUACUGGCGCUGUGCCGUCCCUUUGCACCUUCCACGUCAUCGUCUCCAUCGUCUGUAUCGCAGACAACAUUGAAUGUUGUGCGAGUGGAAUCAGGGCGUGUGGUGAAGGUGAAGUUAGUGUUUGUUGUGGCACGCCUUGUGGAUGUGAGCCAUGACGGCAGUUUUGAUGCUACUUUUAAUUUUGGCGGGAGUGGCAUGAUAUCCGUUGCCUUCGAGUCACACAUUCAACGGGAGAUGUUCGUUGCGGCUGUUCGUAAAGUGCAACGUGACCUGCAGCCACAUGUAGCGACCGUCUCGAGGGAUGUGCGGGCAUUGUUGACCGAUGCACUGGGCGCCGAGGUGGAGGCGGACGCUGCGGCUCGUGUGAAGAGUCUGCGGCAUGAGAAACGCCGUGCUCUGACUGCGGAGGAUGAGCAGCGGCUGCAGCAUUUUCUUGGGCGACACGGUUUUGAUGACAUACGAAGCACAGAGAAGUCCCUGUCCAUGCGGCAGAAGGAGGCGGAGUUGUCGUCUGUGGAGGUACUUCUGGCGUCCGUUGGUGCAUGGGAGGUGGUGCGCUCCCGCAUUG